AUGUCAAAUUCUGAAUACAAAGGCAAGUGGCAAAAGUAUUGAAGAAUCGCGAAAGCAAUGUUUAGCUAGUUCGUGUAAUUUAACUGAAGGGAAUGUUUAUUUCAUUAUAAUGUUACGACUUAAAUCAAUAAAUCGAGUGAAUCAUGCACUCUUUACAUGAAAAUGUGGAAGAUUUAAAGGAGAAAGUGUCGUGUGAAAUCCGAGAGUUGCCUUCAAUGAUGUGGAAGGGGCCGAUUGUGCAAGCGAAGGCUGGCUGCGCUCGCGCAGCCGCGGCCCUGGCUCUAGGACUCUUCGUUGUUUUUGUGUCAUGUGGUGGGGGCAAGUGUGCGGAACUAGUGAUCGAGAUCCCCGGGUCGGGCGUGGGGGCAGGCCCGGGGUCGGGGUCUGGCGCGGAAGGCGGCGUGUACCGGCUGGACUACCGGCCUCCACACGGCUCGCCCGCCCCCAACCACACCGUGCCAGCGCGCGCCUCCACCAUCAACUUCCAGGGCCUGCCUGGCACCAAAUACCACUUCAUGCUAUAUUAUUCCAACGCUACCUUCGCAGACCUCCUUACGUGGAAUCAGACUAUCAUCACUGCACCGGAACCUCCUACCAACCUGACGGUGACGCUGGGACGCAACAAGCAGGCCACUAUCGGCUGGUCGCCGCCCGCGCUCGGCGACUACACCGGCUUCCGGUUCAAGGUGAUCCCGCUGACGGAGCGGUCUGAGGGCGGCGCGCGUAACAUCACGGUGGAGGGCGCCAACAACUGGACGCACACGCUGCGCGACCUGUCGCCCGGCGCCACCUACCAGCUGCACGCCUUCACGCUGCUGCACGACAAGGAGAGCGCCGCCUACGCCUCGCGCAACUUCACCACGCGGCCCAACACGCCGGGCAAGUUCAUCGUGUGGUUCCGCAACGAGACCACGCUGCUGGUGCUGUGGCAGCCGCCCUACCCGCCCGGCGCCUACACCCACUACAAGGUGUCGAUAGUGCCGCCGGACGCGCGCGACUCGGAGCAGUACGUGGAGAAGGAGGGCGAGCCGCCCGGGCCCGCGCAGGCCGCCUUCAAGGGGCUGGUCCCGGGCCGCGCCUACAACAUCUCCGUGCAGACCGUCUCCGAGCCCGAGAUCUCCGCGCCCACCACCGCGCAGUACCGCACCGUGCCGCUGCGGCCCCGCAACGUCACCGCCGCGCACCGCACCGAGACGGCCUUCACCGUCACCUGGCUGCCGCCGCAGGAGGAGAGCGAGUUCGAGAAGUACCAGGUGUCGGUGACGGGCGGCGGGGGCGGUAGCGGCAGCGGGGCCCGGCGCCUGGCGCCGCUGGUGAGGCCGCGGGACUCGGCCCCCGUGGCCACGUUCGAGGGGCUGGAGCCGGGCGCGCACUACACCGCCACCGUCAAGACCAUGUCCGGGAAGGUCACCUCCUGGCCCGCCAGCGCCGACCUCACGCUCAAGCCGCUUCCGGUGCGCGAUCUGGUGUGGAGGCGCGUGGAGGGCUCGGAGGGUAUCCUGGUGACGUGGGCCGCGCCCAGCGGCAGCACGCAGGACGAGUACAAGAUAUCGUACCACGAGGCGGGCCCGUCCCGCGACGACAGCAACACGCUGACCAGCGCCAACACCAACAUCACCCUGGAGACGCUGCUGCCCGGCCGCAACUACACUGUCACUGUUGCGAGCGUAUCCCGCGGCGUUGAAUCCAACGAAAGCGGCGUGAGCGUGAGCACGCGGCCCCUCGCACCCGUGGUACUGGCUGCCUCCCCCUCGGGCCCGCGGCUGCAAGUAGCCUGGCGGUCCGACGUCAACUCCCGCCAGCAGCUCUACCGCCUGCGGUACCGCCGCCACCCCGCCGAGCCCCUAGACAACAUGCCCUACGUCACGCUGGAGACGACGGAGACCAACGCGACGCUGGAAGACCUGUACCCUGGCGCGGUGUAUGAGAUCGGCGUGGCGGCCGUCAGCCACGGCCUCAGCAGCGAGUGGCACACGCUCUACAAGCCCGUGCGUCCUCUCCCGCCGCGCUGGCUCCGCGUGGAGCGCGCCUCCAGCAACGCCCUGCGCGCGCGCUGGGAGGGACCCGCCUCCGGGGCCCUGGGCUCCUUCCAUCUGCAGUACCGCCCCGACAACGGGGACUCACCGCCGCCGGCGUGGGUGUCGCUGCCGCCUCUUCCGGCGACGGCUCGCUCGGCGGAGCUGACGGGCCUGUCGCCGGGCGAGCGCUACCUGGUGCGGCUGGACUCCGCCAGCCAGCCCGCCGCCGGCGACGCCGCGCCCAGCGCCCGCGCGCUGCAGGUCUACCACGCCGUGCGUCCCAGCCCGGUAUCGAACGUUGAAGCGCUAGUGGACACGCGCAACAUGACACUCGAAUGGCCGCGCGUCGCCGGCCGCGUCGACUUCUACGAGCUGCGCUGGUGGCGGGCUGACAACGCCUCCACUACCGCGGGGACCAGCUCCGGGGCCAGGAACGUGUCCGCGGGGGGCGAGGAGGGGCCGGCGAGGGCGCUGCUGUCGGGGCUGGCCCCUGGAGCGGCCUACACUAUUACCAUCGCCGCGCAUUCCUACGAUCUCGUCAGCGAUCUCUUCACCAUGGACACUAGGACGCGUCCAUUGAUUCAGUCGGAAAUGACGAUCGUGACGGAAUCGGAUGCUGAUGAUGCCGACAACGGUCCGGAGAAUGAUACUUCCUCAUUGAAAGUGCUGUACACCCGCACGCCAGAAUCGGCGACGACAUUCGAUUCGUACCGGUUCCGGCUGGAGGGGGAGGGGGAGUCUGCGGAGCGUGCGCGUGUCGUGGACCGCCCCGCCCUCGCCGCCCCGCAGACGGUGCGCUUCGACCGCCUCGUGCCCGGCCGACUCUACAACGUCACCAUGUGGACGGUGUCUCGCAACGUGAGCUCCCACCCGGUGGCGCGGCAGGCUCGACUGUUCCCGCGUGCGGUGUCGUGGCUGAAGGCGGCCUGGGUGUCGGCGCGGGGCGCGGGGCUCCUCUGGGCCCCGGGCCCCGGCGACGUGACCGACUACGAGCUGCAGUACCUGCACCGCGGGGCGCUGCGCACGCAACACGUCGCGCGCACGCACGCCAACCUCACCGCGCUGCUGCCCCACACCAACUACACCUUCACCGUGGUGGUUCGCGCCGGCACCCGAGACACCCUGCUAGCCUUGUCCCGGGCGCACUCCAUAGAAGUACAAACCCUGGAGGCGCCGCCCGACGCGCCCGGCGACUUCCGCGUGCUCGACGCCACGCCCAACGCUCUCACCUUCGCCUGGGACAUGCCCGAAGCCUCCAGACACGGGGAGCUGCGCCGGUUCAUCCUUACCUACGGCCCGGUGGAUGGCGACGCGGUGGAACAGAGGGUGGAGCUCGGCCCGGAGGCGCGGCAGGCCACAGUGUCGGGCCUGUCGGCGGGCGCGGAGUACCGCGCCAGCAUUGUCGGCGCGACGGGCGCGGGCGCGGGUGCUAGUAGCACGCUAGUAUCGCGCGCGCCGAUCGCGGCGCCGCCCCCUCCCCCCGCGGGCGCCACCCCGCGCGCGCUGCGCCAGUCGCCCAGCACGGUGGCGGUGCGGUUCCGCUCGGACUCGUUCUCGCACGCCAACGGGAACGUGACCGCGUACACGCUGGUGCUGGCCGAGGAGCCGCGCGCCGACACCCCCGCCCGCCUGCCUUCCUGGAGGGACGUGCACCACUUGCCCACGUGGCCGCCCUACCAGGUGACGGAGCCGUACUACCCGUUCCACUCGUCGGCCGUUGAGGAGUUCACGAUCGGGUCGGAGCGGUGCGAGGGCGGCGGCCGCAGCUACUGCAACGGGCCGCUCAAACCCGCCACCACCUACUACGUCAAGCUGCGCGCCUUCACCGCGCCGGACAAGUUCACGGACACCGCCUACGCCGUCAUACACACCGAGGUGGACAACACGGCGUGGAUCGCGGGCGCGUGCGCGUGCGUGGCGCUGGUGGUGGGGGCGGGCCUGGCGCUGCUGGUGGCGCGCCGGGUGCGGCGCCGCCCCGCCCUCUCCGCGCCCGCCCUCGCGCCCGUGGCGGCCCGCCCCGUGCGCGUCGCCGACUUCAUCGACCACUACCGCCUCAUGUCCGCCGACUCCGACUUCAGAUUCAGCGAGGAAUUUGAAGAGCUGAAGCACGUGGGGCGCGACCAGCCGUGCACGGCGGCAGACCUGCCCUGCAACCGUCCCAAGAACCGCUUCACCAACAUCCUGCCCUACGACCACUCGCGCUACAAGCUGCAGCCCGUCGACGACGAGGAGGGCUCCGACUACAUCAACGCCAACUACGUGCCCGGCCACAACUCGCCGAGGGAGUUCAUCGUCACACAGGGUCCGCUGCACUGCACACGCGACGACUUCUGGCGCAUGUGCUGGGAGUCUGGGUCGCGCGCCAUCGUGAUGCUGACGCGCUGCGUGGAGAAGGGCCGCGAGAAGUGCGACCGCUACUGGCCGUACGACACGCGGCCAGUCUACUACGGAGACAUCGCCGUCACCGCGCUCAACGAGUCGCGCUACCCCGACUGGACCAUCACCGAGCUAAUGGUCUGUCGCGGCGCCGAGCAGCGCGUUCUCAAGCAUUUCCACUUCACCACCUGGCCCGACUUCGGCGUGCCCGACCCGCCUACUACGCUUGCAAGGUUCGUGCGCGCGUUCCGCGAGCGGUGCCCCGCGGACGCGCGGCCCGUGGUGGUGCACUGCAGCGCCGGCGUGGGGCGCUCCGGCACCUUCAUCACGCUGGACCGCGCGCUGCAGCAGUUGUCAGCGCACGCGGAGUACCUGGACAUCUUCGGCAUGGUGCACGGCAUGCGGCGCGAGCGAGUGUGGAUGGUGCAGACCGAGCAGCAGUACAUCUGCAUCCACCAGUGCCUCGUCGCCGUCCUCGAGGGGCAGGACCUGCAGCCGCCCCCCCAUCACAACCACAACCACAACCACCACCACAACCCCGCCUUCGAAGAUGACGAAGGCAUCGCCGAGUCGGGCAUGUGAGGCGAGUACACUCCGAGGGCGACGCGGCCGCGACUCGCGGACCCGACCGCCCUACUCACCUGAUAUAGUCAUAAGUUUUUUUACUGAAGUAUUUUUGUAUAAAUGUAUAUUUAACGUUGUAAACAUUCUUAGCGUGUACAUAAAUCGAGAUAAUAUUAUUGUUAAGUUUGAAACUAUCGAGCGAUUUCGUCCACCGACCGGGAGCACUCCGCCCUCCGUCCCCGCUCCGCCCGGUAGCCUGCAGUACUUCUUCUUCUUCUUCUUCUCCUCCUCCUCCUCCUUCUUCUUCUUCUUUUAUUAUGGCAUGACGGCUAAUGUUUCCAUUUGCCAGCCUGCAGUGCUAUUUUGGAAGAAUUUUUAAAUUUUCCAGUUCUAAUUUUCUCAUCACACCGCGGAUAUCGAUGUGAAAAAAGAGUUUGUUCUUACAGUACUGCUGGACACUAGCUCCUUUAUUAAUAAACGAGAAAUAAGCUUACACCAGUGGCUACGCUGACGGGUGCUUAGGAAACGGCAAACUUCUGGAGUAAACCUUAGACAAACAAACUUGCGCAGUGAACAUUUUUGUAUGUAAAAUGACUAAUGUGCAGGCUUCGUUGUGUAUGGUUUAUGCCCAAGAUGUAUCCCGGGGUGUGUACACUCCGCACACAGGUCGGCACACAUCGCUUCCGUCCCGAUCCCGAUGCCGCGGGGCGCGCCUCGCUCCGUCCCGAUCCCGAUGCCGCGGGGCGCGCCUCGCUCCGUCCCGAUCCCGAUGCCGCGGGGCGCGCCUCGCUCCGUCCCGAUCCCGAUGCCGCGGGGCGCGCCUCGCUCCGUCCCGAUCCCGAUGCCGCG